AUGCCUCUAAUUCGCAAACGACGUGCGGUUCCUGAACCCCAAUCCAGCGACGAAGAAGCCGGCUCAUCCCAACAACCCCCAACCCAAUCAAACAGCCACGCAGAUCGCCGCGUCCGCACGAAACCAACGUCCCCCGAUGAUAGUGAGUAUGACAGCGGCGAUGGACCGGGUUUUCGCGAACCUAGUAGCACAGACGUGAUGGUGAAGAAACUUGUGCGACUCGCGCUUUCGAGUGAAUACUCGCGCCAGCCGAUCCGGAGAGUCGAUAUCAGCAAUAAAGUUCUUGGCGAGCAGGGGUCGCGGCAGUUCAAGGCUGUUUUUGAGGAGGCGCAGAGGGUUCUGGCGGAUACGUUUGGGAUGCAGUUGGUUGAAUUGCCGGGAAAGGAGAAGGUUACUAUUCAGCAGCGGAGGGCUGCGCAGAAAGUUGAAAGGCCGUCAUCGACGAAUAAAUCGUGGAUUCUUACGAGUACGCUAUCGUCGAAGUACCGGAAACAGGACAUCCUACAACCGACGCGGGGGCCGAUGGAAAGUGCUUACACGGGAUUGUAUACGUUUAUUAUCGGUUUAAUCCUGUUAAAUGGAGGUUCCCUCCAGGAGCAGAAGCUGGAUCGAUAUCUCAGCCGCGUAAACGCUGAGACGUACACGCCCAUCGACCGAACGGACCGAUCUCUGCAACGGCUCUGCAGGGAAGGAUAUUUACUCCGGAAUCGAGAAAUGGACGGUGGUGACGAGAUCAUUGAGUACAUGGUUGGACCGCGGGGCAAGGUCGAGGUUGGAGCAAGGGGUGUGGCUGGGCUCGUGAGAGAGGUCUAUGGACGGCAGGCUUUGGCCGAAGAUGACGAUGUCACUCCUGCGGAGCGGGAGAAGAUGGCGGAUUUCGAGUUCCGAUUGGGAAGAAGUCUGGGGAUGAGGAAGUUGGAUGAUACAAAUACACAGAAACGAGAGGAGGGUGCUGGAGAGGGGAGAUCGACUCAGCGGCGACGGCGGAGUGCUGAGUCUGAUUCCGGCUCUGGCGAGGAAGAUAGUGAUUGA